CGUUCAGAGAAGAAUGUCCUCUUAAGUCCAAUAUCUGUCUUAAGUCUUAAAUAUAUAAACUCGAAUAUUAAAUAAUUCUGCUAAUUCAGAAUGAAAACUAAUUGUAACUUUAUUUUUAGAUAUGGGAACAAUUACUAUUUAUAAUCAAACACCACAACUGCCAUGUAUUUCAUCCAUCUUAAUGUAUGCACAGUGUCAAAAUAUUUUAUCAGACAAACAAUUACGCAUGAAUUUGAAUCCUAUAUCGAUCAAGUUGCAGAAACUAUCGAAUUUUCCAGCUGAUAUAAUAAUUGAAUACGGUUUCAAAUGUUUAUAUUUGAAAAUUUUUUUCGUCGAUCGUACAAUUGUUACACCAUGCUAUAUUCCAGAAAGAAUUAUGUAUUUCGAAUUUAUUAAGUGUUUCCUCUGCGACGAAUUUCAACUAAAAGAAUUAAUGAAUUUUCUUACGACAAAAUUUCUUACUAUCGAGGUAAUUGGCAUUCGAAUUAUCGGAUCGUUAGCUUCUACUUCCAAUCGAUCCGAUUAUGAAAAAUCUAUAUCGAAAUCACCAGAAGCACCUAAGAAAGAAGAAAUUUUACUGGGAGUUGUUGAAUUUGAUGUAUCUGAUCUUUUGAGAGGAUUUUGGGAAGUGAAAUUGACAAAUAACUUAAUUCAUCCUCGCAAUAGAUUUGUUAUCAAUACUGACUGCAAAAAUAAUGAGACAAUGAAGAUUUCGUGGGAGAAUUCACCACUUCCCACAGAUAUUUUCACCUUGUGUAACACAUCGAUGAAAAUUAAAAUUCGUCCAGCAUAUGAUCUACGAAUAGUUCAAAAAAAAAUCGUUCAGGAUGAAAAUACGUGGAACCGGAUUUUUUUAAAUUUGAACAAUUUGGAAUUGGCUAAUGACAUCUUGAAAGACGUAUCUUUUUAUAAUUCUAACUUGUUGACCAUUUAUGAGUCGCCGAAAGAAAGCAGUAAUUUAAAAAGUAUAUUGAAACAUGUUUUAACGGGUUUUGCUAUCGAAAACUGCGGGAAAUGCUACAUUUUUAUAGAAGGUUUGUCAAACGGAUACUUGUUAAAAAUUUGGGAGAAAGUAAAAAAAUUUCCGAUUCAGCAUAAAUGUAUUUAUUAUAACAGCAAUUAUAUAUUUCUUGCACGGCUUUAUGAAGAUUUUAUGUUUUCUGGCACAGUUAUCCAUAUCAAAUUAAGCGAAUCCUUGGAAAUGCAACUUCGCAAAUGUAAUUUAUAUAUUGGUAAAACAAAAGCAACACUUCAGUCAAAUGUUAUAAGAAAAUUAGGAUUGAUGAAUCUAACAUUAACGAUGAAAUCUUUAUGUCAGACACGUUUAUUUCCAACACCAGAUGAUGUAAAAGCUUUUAUUGAUGAUAUACGAAAAAUACACAACUAC